AUGGCAGGCAAGUCGUCAGGUAAAAAGAGCGGUAAGCAGAACCCCAAAGGCAGUUCGAGUGGUGGGAUAAAAAAGCAGCAAAGAAUCAGAACCAAGCUGAAAAUCGAGCAAGCCAACAACGAAUCGUUUUUAAUAUCGGAUCUUAAUGAGAGAGAGUCGAAGAAGAAACUCAAAUCGAGCCCGGAGGCUCUAAAGGUCAAGAGUCUACUGAAGGAUCAAAAGAAGGACAGGGAAACACAGGAAAUUAUACAAACACAGAAGAAAAACACCGAUAGCCAUAUGCUGCGACAGCUGGAACAGAUCGCCGGCUUUUCGCUGUGA